AGACCGACCUGAAGAUAUGACAGUGCUGACGAACGCAUUCGCCGAGAGUACCAGAGUAAGACAUAUUUUUACGAAGACGAUACGCUAAGAUCUCAAUUUGGCAGCAAAUGUGGACCAAAAACCCACAAAUAAGACUGUCGCAAGCGAUGUUUAGGAAAGCUGCCAUGGUUAAACUUAUGAGCUGAUGAGCAUAUGUCAGAGAGUACAAUAUUGUCGACGAGCAAUCAAACGGCAACCAUGCUCGGUAUGUUAACUUUCUUUUGCCGAGAUUUAAGCACAGAGACGUUAACACGAUGAAUGAGCAUGUCACUACUCCCAGCAAGAGAUGAACAUGGCGAGCAGUACAAAGAAAUUGUCAGAAAAAUCCUCGGCAUUGUCCACUGUCAGAACUAUAUCCAUGAAUUGCGACAACAUGAAGCUGUUCAAUACGACGACCAUCACGAUCGAAUAUACAUUAUACGCCACGCGUUUAUACAAGGAGUUGCAGGAAUCUGGCCGCCAGCAACCGAAUAUCGUCAGAAGCUUGAAGCGCGAACCAUUCCAUUUCAAAGAUAUUAUUAAUCAAUUGCAAUCCCUACGGCCAUGAAAACAAAAGAGACUCCGGCUGAAAUAUAAACCAGCAAAAUCUGCGGAGCGCAAAGAAAUGAAAAUACGCACCUUUAACUUGACUUCGUUCCCAUACCAGCAGUACAGGAAGAUUUGCGUCAACAUACACGACAUGUACAAGCCUAAUUCAACGAAUUUUACGCUCAUCUUGCUUAAUUGAUACAAGGUUGCUGUGCGCAUGUGUCAAAAAACGUCACUGUAGUAACACUCUGGAGUUUUCUCUUAUAAUAAUUGGAAAAUAUUGGCAUAUGGACGAUUACUUGUAUGUCCAAUUGGCAUAUGAACAAUUGCUUUGGCGUUCACGAGCUGCUUCUAACAACUCGAGUGUCCGAAAUAUAACAAAAACAAGAAUACAUAAACAUUAUUGCGUGCUGUGGUUUGGUUAUGUCAAGUCUGAGAUAUAUUCUCCUUAUUUUAUUCCAUUAGAAAAAAAUGAUAGAUAAUAAUAAAGGUAGAAGUAAUGAGCUCGUAGAGAGAAAUCGUGAAGAAAAAUAAUUAUAUCAGAGAUUAUCUUGAACAAUUAAUCUCAUAUUGCAACUUUUCUUCACGUUGACAGUUUUGUGUCUUUACUAUGUAUAACAGAGGCUGGAAUAAAUUAAUUAAAAGUAACGACAACCGCAAAUACGAACUUAGAGCUGGCGUUGAGAAAAAGCACUGUUCAGCCACACUCAGCUUCACGCAAUUAGCUUUUGAUCAUGACGAGGAAUCCCUCGUUGUAGUGGAUACCAAAGGUAACUUGUACUGCAUCGAUUUAUCUGAGGAUGCUCCAAUGUACAAAAGAUUGGGAAAGAUUGGACAAGCCACUUUCCUCGCGUUCAAUCCCAGAUACAGAGGGGAAAUUUUGAUAGGAUACAACGCCGGUGACAUAAAGAUUUGGAGGCUUCACGCGAAUUUGGACGAAUUCUCUCUGUUAUCUGGACACAAGUUACCGCCGACGUGUAUUUCCUUUUACAAAAGCCAUUGUUUAACGCACUCUAGAAAUGAAGUCAUAAUAUGGUACCUACAAUCCUAUAGUAAAACUCAUCAGCUGAAAGUUGAUACAAAAAAUGCUGUGAUAAGAAAGGCUAUUUUUUCAAAUGCUGGUCAUAUCGUUGUGUUAUAUAACAAUGAUACUAUGCAAGCUUGGACGUUCAAGCAAUUGGACAAAGAUACCAAGAUCGACAUAAAGAUAUUUGGCGGACAUCAUAUCAAGGAUUUUAUUUUUACGAAAGAUGGAAGAGCCAUGAUAAUAGUUGGGGCGAAAGGUAUAUGCAUUCUUAAUACAUAUGACUGGAGUUUACUGAGAAAAUUAUCUCUGCUCGAUAACUUUAUCGAGGCAAGACAAUUGUCUGUCGUUCCACGCCCGCUGGAUGGUGGAGCGAAUAAAAUCGUCGCACUUCUGUCUUCGAGAUGUACUCUCCAUUUUUGCGACAUAAAUCUGUCGAGUCCCUUUGAAAUAGCCGAUGCCAUCAAUAGAGUUAAAAAAUUCGUGAUCUCGUCAGCAGGCAGAUACAUAGCAUACUUAGAUCAAGAAGGAUGUCUGAACGUGAUGCAUAUCGACAAAGUUAUAUCAAAAAAGAGUCCCCAGCCGAAGAAACUAUUAGACAGACCGCAGGCACACAAAAUAAACGAUCAUUUAGAAUACAUUAGACAAAGCGUGAAGCAAGAAUUAGACAUAAAACGACUAAUAUCUAUCCUGACGGAAUUUGGAGAAUAUCCAAAGCAGUAUCGUGCACUAAUCUGGUCCACUAUCUUAAAACUUCCGGCUAAUAGAAACGCCUAUCUCGCCUUAGUAAAUAAGGUGACACGUGAAAGAUUUACAUGGAAUACUUUAAGAGAUUAUUCUGUAGCAGAUAAAAGCAAGGCGUCAUUACUGGCCAUGACAAUAAAUUGCUUGGUGCAAUGGUGUCCUCUACUCUUACAAAGUUCAUUUCUUCCUAAUUUGGUCUUCCCUUUUUUAAUGGUAUUUCAGAAAGAUCCCUUACUUGCCUUCGAAUUAAUCCUGAGCAUACUUCUGAACUAUUGCCAUAACUGGUUCGAAUAUCAUCCUCUUCCACCACUGAAUAUCCUGGGAAUUAUUGAAAACAUUCUCCUGGAGGCAGAUCCUCAAUUAUUAAACAUCUUCUGCGAACAUGGUGUAACAACCAGCGAAUACGCGUGGCCAUUACUUCAGACUGCGAUGAGCGAGGUGUUAUCGGGAGAUGAGUGGCUGAUACUGUGGGACCAUCUAAUAACAUUUCAGAAGCCUCGUCUUCUGCUAAUGUGUGUCGUUGCUUAUAGCAUUUAUUCGAGAGAAAACAUAAUUUCUUUGAUACAAUCGUCUGGAAAUUGUCGUGAAGAUAUGAAAGAAUUUUAUAGCACUCAAGGCCAUGUUAGAGCCAAGGAUUUGUUAAAAAUUGCAAGAAAAUUGGAUCAAGAAAUGCCAGAACAAGUGCAUUCCUAUCGUUACCUAAGGAGUAAAGUGUUGCAGUUGACUCAUACCGGGCCCUAUCCCUUAUUUAUGCUGAAGGAAUAUCCCAAGUUCCUCAUUGAAAAUUUCUGCACCACAGAUUUAAAAAAAUGGAAAGCAGAACAACAUUCACAAAAUUGUGAUCACGGGGUUGCGGAAUCUGGCCAAAAGACUGAUACUUUUGCGAAACAAACUUAUGAAACAAGACUGAAUGUACAGAAAUGCUUCCUAGAGCAUAAAAAUAAAAAGUCAUGUUGCCAGCAUUUGCAUAAGGAUUCUAGUUCGCAACUGCGAGAAACACAAGCACUUGUUAAAUACAAAAGUGCGAAAGAUGAAACUUUGAACUUUAAAGAUAACACACCAAAAAAUUACGAAAAGUUACGACGAGAUGUGACAAAACUUGAAUAUGAAGUGCUAAGUUUCUUAGACUUAUUGAAAUCUGAUAGAUCAAGAGUGAAUAUUAUUUAAAAUAUAUUUGUACAGAGUAAAAUUAAAUUUUAUAAAAUUCGUACAAAGUAUACAAUAUUUUAAUGUGAUUAUAACACGCAAUAAUAAUAUUAUUCUAUAUUAAUAUAUUAGUUUAUAUAUUUUUGGAAUUGUACAGUUCUGAAAAAUUGUGUCUAUACAUUGUAAUAUACAAAAUAUAGGAGUCUUUUAUGUGUCUGUGUAUAAAAAAGUAUAAGUAUAAAGUAGAAAAAUAUUUGUACUUUUGUGAUUGCUAUAUGAAAGGAAUAUAUAAGUUUAAUAUUUA